UACGAGUGCAGCGUUCGAACCCUUCACCUCGCCUUCUCCUUGUCCCCUCUCCACGCUUCAACAUGAAGGUCGUCCUGGUGUCUCUCGCCGUGGUCCUGGCGGUGGCGGCCGCCCUACCCGUGCGCGUCAAGCGCGGCCACGUAGAGCUGGAGGAGCACGGCCACGGCCACCACGGCCACGCCACCUCGUACCAGAACUUCAACCUGGAGAGCUACCACCCCGUGCCCGUGUACAAGAAGCACGAGCCGAUCCACCACGUGUCUCAUGACGACCACGGCGACCUGGGCGGCCACGGCCACCUGGCGCUGUCCCUCCACGAGGACCAGGGUCACGAGCUCGGGCACGAGGCGUACGGCGGCGGCCUGGGCGAGACCUCCUACCACCGCGCCUCCCUCACCGACGGCGCCGACCACGGCGAGGACGCGUACGCGCACGCGGGGGCGGCGGCCGUGUCCGAGGACGCCGACGAGGCCUACGAGGGUCACGGCGCCUACUAGACACCGCGCCGCCUUGCGCGUCGCCCGUAUUUAUUGUUGAUCUCGGACUCGGCCAGUCACCGGAGCGACUGAGUAUCUUCGC